AUGUUUGAACAAAAGGAAGAAUACGAUAUUGUGGAAAAGACACAAUUAUCUGUGUCAGCAGAUAGUUUGACGUCUGAUUCAGAAAGCUUGUCACACAACCCAUUCGACGAUUUCAAUGAAGCUGAGCGUUGGAGAAAAGUGUACGAAUCCAGUGGAUACGAGGGUUUGUCUAAAUUUAGUCCUGAGUUUACAUGGACUAAAGAUGAAGAAAAAAAGGUGGUAAGGAAAAUAGAUCUAAAAAUUUUCUUAUGGGUAUUUAUUAUGUUUGCUUUUUUGGAUUUGGUAAGGAAAAACAUUGCAAGAGCUGUCUCAGACGACUUCAUUCUUGAUUUAAAUAUGAACACUAAUGACUACAACUUAGGACAAACUCUUUACCUGGUUGUAUUUCUAGUGAGCGAACUACCCGGUAACUUACUAUCAAAAAGAUUUGGCCCAGAAAGAGUCAUUCCGGUUCAAAUUAUACUAUGGAGUGUCAUCUGUAUUACUCAAGCUGGUUUGAAAAAUCGAGGCCAAUUUAUUGCUACUAGGUGUUUAUUGGGAAUGGUACAAGGUGGUUUCAUCCCUGACAAUAUUUUAUACUUAUCAUAUUAUUAUACUGGAGCGGAGCUUACGUUCCGUUUAAGUUUCUUUUGGUGUGCCAUACCUCUCUUCCAGAUUUUAGGCUCCCUCUUGGCUUCCGGAGUGAUUGAAAUGAGGGGAAUCCAUAAUUUAGCUGGCUGGCAAUAUUUGUUUAUUAUUGAAGGUUUUCUGUCCCUUUCUGUGGGCGCAGCAUCCUUUUAUCUAAUGCGUCGGGGCCCCACACAGACUGGUGAAUCUGCAUUUCACAAGGGAAAAUCGUACUUCUCUGAGCAUGAGGAGAAAAUAAUGGUUAAUAGAAUCCUAAGAGACGACCCAUCAAAGGGUGAUAUGAGUAAUAGACAGCCGGUUACAUUUAAGGAGAUUUUAUACACCUUAACAGAAUUCGAUUUAUGGCCGUUGUUUAUCCAAGGCAUUACAGCAUUCAUAUCUUUUCAAACCGUUGGUCCUUAUUUGUCAUUGAUAUUAAAAAGUUUAAACUACUCUACCUUUCUCUCAAAUAUCUUGGCAAUUCCGGGUCAAGUCUUGCUACUUAUUAAUCUACCAUUGGCAGCACUAUUAUCACGCAAAUUGAAAGAAAAAUCACUUUGUGUAGGAAUUGCUAACGUUUGGGUGCUUCCUUUUAUUACUUCUUUAGUCGCCUUACCGACCGAUACAAAUCCCUGGAUUAAGUAUGUACUACUGACUGGUAUACUAGGUCUUCCUUUUACACAUUCUAUUCUUGCUGGUUGGGUCUCCGAGAUCUCUGUUUCGGUAAGAUCGCGUACGGUAGGGACAGCAUUAUACAAUAUGAGUGCCCAGGUUGGAUCAAUCAUAGCUUCUAACUUGUACAAGAAUGAUGAUAAGCCGUACUAUACUAGGGGUAACAAAAUACUUCUAGGGUUCACUUGCUUCAACAUUUGCAUGGCUGUUGCUACCAAGUUUUACUAUAUUAAUAGAAAUAAGUACAAAGCUCGCAAAUGGAACUCAAUGACAAAAGAGGAACAAAUCGACUAUUUGGAGACCACCAAAGAUAAAGGAAUGAAGCGCAUGAACUAUAUGUUUAUUCACUAA